AUCGACGCCUUUACUGCAGCAUAGAAACAACCAAUAGCGGGGCGUCGUGUGAGCGCGGCUAAACGGCUGUGUUGUGUGUACCUGUUUCAAUCGCGAAUAGGUCGUACGAAUCUUUCAGCAUGAGUCUCGCUUUAAGAACUGAUCCUACUGCAGACAAAGCCAAGCGCAAGAAGAGGAGAGAGCUCACAGAGGAGCAGAAACAUGAAGUUAAAGAAGCCUUUGAGUUAUUUGACACUGAUAAAGAUAAGGAGAUUGACUACCAUGAACUCAAGGUUGCGAUGCGAGCGUUGGGAUUCGAGGUGAGGAAGGUGGACGUUUUGAAGAUUCUCAAGGACUACGACCGAGCAGGAACCGGCAAAAUAUCCUUCGAUGACUUCACCGAAGUUGUGACGGAGCGCAUCCUGGAGCGAGACCCUAAGGAGGAGAUCCUGAAGGCUUUCAAGCUGUUUGACGACGACGAGUCGGGCAACAUCAGCCUGAGGAACCUGCGGCGGGUGGCCCGCGAGCUGGGGGAGAACGUCACGGACGAAGAGCUGCGCAGCAUGAUCGACGAGUUCGACACCAACGGCGACGGGGAGAUAAAUCAAGACGAGUUCCUGUCCAUAAUGACUGGUGACUCCUAACAGGAAGGCUGCGUCUCAGAAGAGUUUACCCAGACAAUGGGGCGUUUCUUCCUGGAUGUAUACAUCAUGCAGGCGGGUGAGGAACCCAGACAAAGAUGAUCUGUCAUGAUCUGUCGUAGAGCAGCGUCACGUCAUCGCUCGUGUGUGGACUGAUGAAGAACCUUCUGUUACAGUCACUUCUGGAAUUUGGACCCCAUGUUAUGUAUAAAUGAUCCAUGACUGCCGUGGGGACUGAGCGCAUUGGGACUGAACCAGGCGAUGUUUAUCCAGGCUACAUCGGCUGUGUUGUUGGUUUCGUGUCGGUUUUUACUCUGUUGAUUUACAUAUUUGAUUUCAGAACAGUUGUGAAUAAAGUAAAAGUACUCGGCUUGGAUUUCUUUGGUUUACCCAGAGUUUUUUUUAUAUUUUUUUGGUUUGUUACAAAUGUAAUUAUUUUAUACAAAAUAAAAUGUCAAUUUUU